AUGAGGCCGCUUCUCCGGGAAACAAACUCCACGUGGCGCCGGCGGGAUCUGGCCCGGGCCGCACCGGGCGGAGCUCGGAGCCUGGAGCCUCUGCUCUGGGGGGCACCGAGCGCCCCGCUGCUGUCUCCGGCCCAGAGGGACCGGGGCCGCCUGGGGAAGGGGAGGCCACAGAAAGGGCCCUGCAACCAUCACAGCUUCCCAUUCACUUGCUUACGUCAGCUUUCAUGGCUAUGUCACGUGGCACUCCUUCAUGGCUACCGUCCUGUUGUCUUUAACCGCCGUGGUCAGAAUGGCUGCCCCCUAAGCACCACCACACUGCAGCCAUAUGGGGAUCCUGCUGACCUGCGAGAAGCCAUCCAGUACAUCCACUCCCGGUGCCCAGGGGCCCUGCUCUUUGCAGUGGGGGAGAGCACUGGGGCAGGGCUCCUGUUCUCCUACCUGGGAGAAUGCGGUUCCUCUAGCCUCCUGACAGCUGCUGGCUGCAUCUCCCCCAUCUUUGACCCUCGGGGAUGGUUUGAAGCUGGGUGCCCCUGGCUAUGGCAGCAACUCUUGCUCAUGUCCCAGAAGGUGUGGCUCAGCCGGUUUGCCACGGUGCUAGGGGAGGUUUUGCCCCUGGAUCGUUUCUUUGGGGGCCAGUCACUGAGGGAGCUGGAGGAGGUUUUGUUCUGCCAGGCCCAGACCUGGGACUUGUACUGGGAGAGGAACGACCCCCUACGGGAUGUGGACGAGAUGGCAGUACCAGUGCUGUGCAUCUGCAGCCAGGACGACCCCAUGUGUGGGGCCCCCAGGGACACUCUGCCCUUCGAGCUGUUUGAGACAAACCCCUACUUCUUCUUAGUGCUCACCCAGGGAGGUGGACACUGUGGCUUCUUCAAGGAUAGCCUGUGUGGUGCCUUCUGGAGCCAUGAGGUGGUGCUGGAAUUCUUCCACACCACUGUGGAUUUCCUCCUCACAGAGGACAAACUGAAGGGCCAGGCCAAGAAGAGAGGGGCCAGGCCGGUGCCGAAGGUCACCCAGGGCAGAAGUGGCUGCAGGCAGGAGUCCUGCUGCCCUCACAAUAGCCCUGACACUUACCGCUGGCAGCGCUCCUACACCCGCUGACAGCUGGUCUUCACUCAGCAUCUGGAGGAUGAUCUGCUGACCUUUGCCGAGAGCCCCCGUGCACGCUUGGGACUGUGACUCUUUGUAACAAGAACGGGGCCGUACCUAGGGUGGUGCAGGACCCGGGCUGGAAGUGACAGGGUUCGUCUCUUCCAGGACCAACCACGCCGGCCAAUCACACUGGCCUGCGGGGCCUCCCCAAGCACAGGACCCGGAGCGGUCACCCCAAUUCGCCCUACCCAAGGGACGGUUCAGAACAAGAACAUAGUAUUUCCGUGAACGAACGGAUCGUGUUAGAUGAUAACUGCAGCGUGACAGAGAUGCUGCGUCCUGGCUGGGUGUCGGCAUCUCAGGUGCUGCCCUGUCAGAAGUGGUGUUUGUGUCCCAGUGCCACUGGCUCCUGGUUGUGGUAAUAUGAUGUGGUUUUGUGCCUUUGCUGACGGUUGCCAGGUACUGUGAUGUCCCAGUGCUAGAAGAUUGGGGCCCAGCCAGGUGCUGUGCUGCAAUGGAGCAGAAGGGGAUGAAUGAUUCUUAUUUAUUUUGUAGCACCCAAAUUUGUGCUGGGUGCUUCAUGGAAGACGUACAAAGACACAGGCCCUGCUGCAGUGAGCUUAUCUCUAGGUUUUACAUGUGUCCAAGCAAAUGGGGAUAGCUGAGAGUCGGGAGGGAGGCCAGGGGCUGCAGCAGAAUGAUCAGGGGUGACUCAGGGUCACUGCCUGGGCAGCAUUUUGGGCCUGUUACUUUUCUCCAUAUAGCUAUAAAAAUAAGGAUGAUAAAGCUCUAAAACAGUAACUGGAGUCGAUUCCCUUCCUGAGGCUGGGACUGCUGUACGUAGCUUGGUGAUGCAGUACUAGACACUCCUGGGUCCUCAUCUGUAAUGCACCCCUGGGGUGUAGUUGUGCCUCCUUGCCCGUGUGUGCAGGCUAACUGGCAUUCUUCAUUAAUGUUACA